GAUAUUCUUCUCUAGAUUUAACGAAACGUUCAACCUCUCACUUAGAAGAUAUAUCCCAACAUGCAUCACGGAGGAUGGCGAUCAUGAAUGAAGCAGAGGAACAAGAACGAAAAAUCGUUAAUGAAUUUUGCCAUUUGUUGGAGAAAUCCAAACAGCUUUUUAAUGGACUGAGGGAUCUACCUCAGUAUGGCCACAAACAGUGGCAAGCAUACUUUGGUCGCACAUUUGAUGUCUAUACUAAACUUUGGAAAUUUCAGCAGCAGCAUAGGCAAGUAUUGGACACUAAAUAUGCACUCAAACGGUGGCAGAUUGGUGAAAUAGCUUCCAAAAUAGGACAACUAUAUUAUCACUAUUAGUUUCUUGACCACUUGUGUAGAAACUUGUUCUGGAAGUAAAUGAAUAUGAUCAUUUUCUACAUUCAAAUCUGAAGUCUGAUGUCUAACUGUAGUAUGACUAGAUGCAUCAUCAGUCUCAAUUUCAUGUGGAAGAUGGAGAGGUACAUCUGAAGAUGUUACCUCACAAAAGUAUAGUGUGACCGUAUCAAAUGCAACCUUGGGGCAUUCUGCCAAAAAUCUUAGAAUUGUCUAGAAGGUGUGUAAUUAUGCGCCACAGGGUGAAGAAGUCACAUGAAAGUUUGCUCUUCCCAGAAGGAAUUUACUGUCGAAGGAGGGAAAGUCUUUGCAUCAUGGAAUGGUCUUGUUGCUAGUUGGCAGGCUUUAUUUCAUAUUUGUUGCAAUAAAUGCAAAAAUUCGCUUUGUGCAAAGCUGGAAACCAAAAAUGCUGAAAUUUUUUUUCAAAUGUAUGUUAACAAUGCAUAUUUUAUUGUGUAAUUUUAAAAAUAAUAGAACUAUAUUUUUUACUGGAUAUAUUCUUUCUACAGUAAGAAAAAAGGUCAAUAUUUAUCUGCUACAUUUUAGCAGAAUCUUCUCUGAUCGUAGUUUACUUAACACGACAUUUACCAAUAUUAUUAUCUUUUAUGCAAGAAAUAUUUUCAUUCUUCUUUUCCUAGAAUAAAUUUAUUUUUUUUUCUUC